AUGGUUGAUUUCUUCCGUUCAGCAAUGAGUUACCUCAGUGGUGAGGGAGACGUAGGAGGAGGCAGUGGCGGUGGAAACGCUUUCGUUGGACAAACCGUUGACAUUGGAGAUGGAAUGAAACUUGAAAGUCAAAAAAGUGGCUAUGGGUUUGUAUUUGUUGCUCAAGAUACAAGCACUGGAAUUGACUACGCACUAAAGAGGCAGAUAGUAGCUUCGGAAAACAUUAAAGCAAUCAAGCAAGAAAUAACAUUUUUAACUCAAUUGUCUGGUCAUCCUCAUAUAAUUAAUUUCAUUGGUGCCGCUAGUUCUAAGGAUCCAGCUGGAGGGAGUGCAGAGUUCCUUAUUGUCACUGAACUUAUUACCGGUGGUGAGCUUGUCGAUAUUGUUAACACUCGGUCUUUAAGUCCUCGUCAAGUCCUGAGGGUUUUUUAUGAAACCUGUCAAGCAAUAGCCCACAUGCACUCUCAGACCCCGCCCAUCAUACACAGGGAUAUUAAAGUUGAGAAUUUAUUGCUCACAGACAAGGGGUGA